AUGGUGCUGUAUAUUCGAACGUUGGCCUCUACCUUCUUCAGGGCCUCUAUAUUGUAAGUUUGAACACUUCUUAUUCAUGGCCAUCAAAUUUAAUUUGAAAUUAUAUUCUCAUUAUGUUUUAGAGUAGUGGUGGCGUUCAAUAUCGAGCGAUAUGUCUGUGUUUGCAAACCCUUGUGGGCUCAUCGAGUUUGCACGUCCAAGACCUCUCUAUUAGCAGUUACCUCGUCUUUGAUCAUCGCAUUUGGCUGUAGUUUACAAUGGCCAUUAGUUUAUAAAGUAACGGAGUGUCUUGAUGGUGACAGUAAUCAUUAUUAUUACGUAAUCACGAUGAAAACAGAACCGGCUUUGCAGGUAAGGCCAGGUACAAAUCCAAGUAGCUAUUAUUGUGUUUAUUUGCAGAUGUACUACCGUAUGACCAAUUUGAUUUCCUUGAUCAUGUUCAACAUCUUCCCGAUCUUACUUAUUCUCAUCCUCAACUCAUUACUAGUCCGAACUUUGCGGCAAGUGGUCGAAUCAGACAAAAGAAGAUCAAGUGGAGCAGAUACGACCAUGUUACAGCCGUCUGAAGAACCAAAUCACAAUAAAUUCAAUGCGAAUGCAAUGCUUUUUGCAGUUGUUUUACUUCUCUUUAUUUGCAUCGGCCCGCAAGCGCCAGCCCGCUUAUUAUACGACUACUUGGGGCCAUAUCAUCCAACUGUGGUCAUAUACAUGUGCAUUAGUCAGUUGGUAAGUAGUGAUUUCAUACUUUAAAAUAAGCCUUAUACAGUGUGAGUCAUAAUUAUAACCGCACUUUAAAAAUGAGUGUAACUUUUGUGAUUGUGAAUAGAAAUGUGUCAUAUUUGGCGCCAAUGGGCAUCAGUCUACUAGAAAUGAUGUCCCAAAAAAUUAUUUUGAAGAGUUUCCGUAUUUUAGAGAAAAGCUGCAAAAACCAAAAUUAUGAUACUUUUUGGAGUCGCAAAAUUAUACAAACGAUUAUAACUUUAAAAACAUUUCAGCUCGUAUUCCUAAAUGCCUCCCUCAAUUUCUGUAUUUACUGCCUCGUUUCGAAAAGGUACCGAGGUCUUUUACUCGAAUCUCUCCGACGAUUACUGAGACAUGAAACGGAAUGGUGCAGUUGGACUGGAGCCCAACUCAAGACCAAAUUCUCCAUUCUCUUAGGGCCAUCCACCCUACACACCGAAGAGCAUCCGAUGCUGGAACAACGACGAACUUCUGGACCUCAAACACACGCUUCGGAUAUCUAA